CGUGGCAUGCAAGUGUCAAGCAAGCAGUAUAAGAUUUGGAAGAGCCCUGCGAGUAUACUCUCUAUUUUUUUCCCAUUUUUGAGAGAGAGAGAGAGAGAGAGAGAGAGAUAUGGAGGAGUACGAGGAUCUAGACAUGGUUAACACAGAAAACACCAACAACACCAAUGAAGCGGAGGGAGUGGAUGUGGAUGACAUGAAGAAACGGUUGAAGGAAAUGGAGGAUGAAGCGGCUGCACUGCGUGAGAUGCAAGCCAAGGUCGAAUCCCAGAUGGGUUCUGCUCAAGAUCCUGCUAGUGCAGCUGCAUCACAGGCAAAUCGAGAGGAAGUGGAUUCUCGAUCAGUGUUUGUUGGCAAUGUGGAUUAUUCAUGUACUCCUGAAGAAGUACAACAGCAUUUCCAGACAUGUGGUACAGUGAACAGAGUCACUAUUCGGACUGACAAGUAUGGCCAACCAAAGGGUUAUGCUUAUGUGGAGUUCCUUGAAGUAGAGGCUGUUGAAUUGGCUCUCCAGCUGAAUGAAUCUCAACUACAUGGACGUCAAUUAAAGGUGACUGCUAAACGGACCAAUGUACCUGGGAUGAAACCACAUCGUGCUCGUCGACCCAACCCCAAUAUGCGAUCCAGAAGCCCCUUUAUACCUGCUCCCUUUGUAUUCUCCCCUUAUGGAUAUGGGAAGGUUCCAAGAUUCAGAAUGCCAAUGCGUUACAGUCCAUACUUCUGAAAAUUCAUCUUUGUUUGAGACAGAUAUGCUUCCAUAUGUCAUCUCAUGGAUAAUGUUGGAUAGAUGUAAGAGAGAUUUGUGCUACUUAGGCUGAUGUGGUUAAUUGUUUGAGAUUUGAGGAUUUUGUUCAGUUCAUUGAAAACAGUAUAGAUUUAAUGUUUGCGCC